UUUCGAUGGCAUUUAUAAUCACACUCUAUUUUGCUACUUUGUCUGUUAAAUAAAAGUUGUAAAGCUAACAUGGUACUGUUGAAAAGUGUGCGCGCAUCAGUUGUACUGGUUCUGUGUAUUUCAGUUGUCAAUGGUUACAAUGGCAACAGUAAUGAUCUUGGAUAUUUCCCAAAUUUCCUUUCAUCACCUUCUGUCAACAAACAGUCAUUUAGCCCGUAUGUUUAUCCGAACACCGUUCCAGUUUCCAGCUACAUCAAUCCGGUUCAGCCACUAAGGGUGCCUGCUUAUUCUAACAUCGCGUCUGCUCAUAACAUAGUGUAUCCAGCACUUAUGCCACAUGGAAUAUCUUUAUUUGGAACACUUCCUUCCCAUACUGGGCAUUCUAUUCACAGAAAUGUCUAUAAUCACAAAGAUGUUGUGACAAAGUCAGUUUUAUACUCCGUUUUAUUGUCACAAAUCUUAAGAAAGAUAUGAUCAGCUUUAAAAACCUGCCUUGUUUUCUCACUAUUGAUUGCUUCAUUUUGCUAAUUUAAAUUUAUUUAUAAUCAUUUUGUAUCAAGGAUUUCAUACAUGCCAAUAU